CCACAAAAACACCCACGCAAAAAGUAUACCAACAAAAAUAUCUAAAACAUAACAAAACAUAACAAAAAGAUCGCCCACGUAAAUAUAACAACCUAUAAACAUAACUACAGACCACAACGCUAGAGAAGAGGAAAGAACUUGUAGAUGUAAGUACAGACCACAACGCUUGAGAAAAACUUUGAUAGAAAGAAUAAGUUAAACGCAUUAAACUAUGGAAACAAUUUGUAGCUCACUUAUUUUCGCUUGUGCUUGUCUGAUAAAAACAAUCUGUCAAAUUCUUACCAAAGAUGUGACAGGCAUGUAUCGACAACGCUGGCAGUUGGAAGUCGAAAGGCAGUUGGACGAUCAAAAUGCUGGUACGCCAAUGGAUUUUGGUGUCGAGCUGUGGAACAAAGACUGGAAGCAAACAGUCGCUCUUCCAACAACAACAAAAUCAACUACACAAAACAGUUUUUACUGUCUUGAGGGGAUUCAUAUAUUUGCCUUAGCUAACGUUCUUCGAAGACCCAUUCUUGUAAUAUGUGACGAUUUUGAUCGUGGUGACUAUGAUGAACCAAUUGCUGGUGUAAACCUUGAUGGCAUAUACUUACCACUGUUAUCUGAUUCGGUGGAUUGUAUCAAUACCCCUCUUCUGGUUGGCUACCACCAUGGACAGUUUACAGAAUUUGUGAUGGCAGAAAAUAAUGAGAGAGUACCAUUAAUGAAACAUGAUGGUCAGCCUAUGAAAGUCCGUUUUUUGUUACCAGAGGAAAGGAAUUACUCUGAUCGAUUACUGCGGGAAUAUUUGAACUGUUUAAAGUUGAAUUACACUGAUGAAAAUGGGUGUAUAAUGGAAAUACUUUUUGCGAAAAAGCAAGCCUGUGAUACUUGUGGCUAAAAUAAGUACGCAAUGUGUGCAUGUGGAUAGCCUUAAUGAGACAUAAACGUAAUUGCAAUAAACGUACUGCGGGCUCAUGUUGAACGCUUACUGACGUCAUGUCUCUGUAUUCGUUUGGCGUGUAAUGAGCAUAAUUUGUAAUAAGUUAACUUAAGCUCAACUUUUCAAGCAGCAGAGAAUAUUUUACAUUAUAAUGUAAUUUGAUCAAUUAUGUUAGUCAUUGGAAAUACUGUAUGAUAAACAUAUUUUAUUGAUACAACAUGAAGUAUAGCUAUGAGCAAGUUAUCAUCACUAAA